AUGACAAGGGGGAUUUGGGCUGUUGUCGUCAUGGCAACUUCAGGCUACCCCACUGAGGAGCUUCCGCCCUCCCAAUCACAAGGGGCCAACGUCACGACGGCCUCGUCGACCCAGCAGACAGCCACUUCCACCACCACCUCGUCCCAGUUCCUCUCCGACAUCCAGAGCUCGCUGGGAUCCGCUCCUGCGCAGACGGCCUCUAUCAUAAGAGUGCAGGCCACGCCCCCUGUCACUCAAAAGAAAGCUGUUCUGGCCACGCCCCCUCAAGGAGUCGUGACAGCAGCGCAGUAUGUGGCAGGAGAGAUACAAAGCUCCGCCUCCCAGUACAUAGUGGUGACCGUCACCGAGGGCUCACUUCACUCCAAUGACUCUGAAUCGAAUUCUCCUCCCGCGGGACAGACUGGCGUUCCCACACAGGUAGUGCAACAGGUGCAGACAGCACAGCAGAGGUCCGUGGUUCAGGCCACAACCAAGAGUCAAAGUGGACAACUGGGGGUCAGUAAUCUACACAUCACACCUGAGGUUCCUGUACAGCAUGUUUACCCGAGCCAGUUUGUGGAGGGAGACGCCAACUACAACAAUACUGCAAUUCGUUCCAGGAGUUACCAGUUCACAGACCCCUCCCUCUACUCCCAGGCCACGCCCUCUGUCACUUACUAUGAGACCUCGCCCACCACCGGCUCACAGGUCACGUCCCCCGCCAGCACUCAGCCUGUGUCUGUGACGUCCGGGAUGGGCACAGGGGUGGUCUCCAUGUUCUCAGAGGGCAGUUCGGGGAUCACCGUGGUAGCUGGCGGGUCCUCGUCAGGAGUGGGCGGGUCAGGGGGCGUGGUCACCAGCGGAGGGGCAGGGGGUUAUAUGAUUCAGGGCGGGUACAUGUUUGGUGGAGCCGGUGGAGGGAACCAAAAUUUCUCACACAACACACGCGCAUCACCCGCGACUGUGCAGUGGCUGAUGGAUAACUACGAGACAGCUGAAGGUGUGAGUCUUCCUCGCUGUACCCUCUACUGUCAUUAUCUCCUGCACUGCCAGCAGACCAAGCUGGAACCCGUGAACGCCGCCUCCUUUGGCAAACUCAUCCGCUCCGUGUUCAUGGGCCUCAGGACCAGACGUCUCGGCACCAGACAACAGCCGUACUCACAGAAACAGAGGAUAAAGCCUGUGCAUAAGCUGGAGGGACUGACCAAUGGAAUGGGCCUGGGGGUGGGGCAUCUACAAGGGGCGGGGCUAUCCGACAUCAGCGCCCAGGUUCACCAGUAUCAGCAGUUUUUAGAUGCGUCUCGCAGUCUGCCAGAGUUCCCUGAGCUCAAAGAUGAGGGUAAACCUCUGCCAGAUGGACUCCAUCGUCAACACGUACACACAUAUCAGCUGAUCUACAGAGAGCACUGUGAGGCGAUUCUGGACGUGAUGGUAAACCUGCAGUUCCCUCUUGUGGAGACACUUUGGAAGAGUUUCUGGAGGUUCAGUGAAGGACAAAGCAGCGACACAGAUACACUCGACCUUCAUGAUGAAUCAGAGAAGCGUUUGCCCAAGUUGGUUCUGGUUCUGUUGUGUAAAUAUGAGCCCGUCCUCAACUGGGCUCGCGAAUGCGACAAUUUACUGUACCAAAGCCUAGUGGAGAUCCUCAUCCCUGAUGUCCUGAGACCAAUCCCCAGUGCCUUAACUCAAGCCAUCCGUAACUUUGCUAAGAGUCUGGAGAACUGGCUGAGCAACGCCAUGAUUAACAUCCCGGAGGAGAUGGUCCGCAUCAAGAUUGUGUGUGCGGGAGCGUUCGCUCAGACUCUGCGGCGCUACACAUCUCUCAAUCAUCUGGCUCAGGCGGCCCGCGCCGUCCUGCAGAACACGGCUCAGAUCGCACAGAUGCUCAGCGACCUCAACCGCGUCGACUUCACCAAUGUGCAGGAGCAGGCCUCGUGGGUGUGUGGCUGUGAAGACGGUGUGAUCCAGCGGUUGGAGCAGGACUUUAAACUCACCCUGCAGCAGCAGAACUCUCUGGAGCAGUGGGCUGCAUGGCUGGAUGGGGUCGUCUCGCAGGUCCUGAAGCCAUACACCGGCAGCCCGGCCUUCCCCAAAGUGGCCAAACUCUUCCUGCUCAAAUGGAGCUUCUACAGUUCUGUGGUGAUCAGAGAUCUGACCCUGCGCAGUGCCGCCAGUUUCGGCUCGUUUCAUCUGAUCAGACUGCUGUAUGACGAGUACAUGUAUUACCUGAUCGAGCACAGAGUCGCACAGGCCAAAGGAGAGACGCCCAUCUCUGUCAUGGGAGAGUUCGCCUGUCUCAACAGAAGUCAAAGGUCAAUGGAUCCUGAUAAAGAUGAGGAGGAUGAGGAGGAGGACGAUGAGACCGAUGAGGAUCAGGACAUGGCCGUUCCUGUGGUUGUGGGGGAGGAGUUGCUGGAGCCGCCCUCCAAACUCGCCCGAACGGAGCUCUACAACAGCAACACACCGAACUAACUUCAGCCUCUCGGACUGACGUUCAUUCACACUGACACUGUCAGUCUGUGCAAACAAGGACUCUAUAUGCUGAGCUCAUUUCUCUGGGAGCCAGUUUGGGAUCGAAAUACAAUCUUCAGUUUUGUUAAUUAUUAGGGGAAGUUCGGUUUCAGUUAAUUUCCUGGAAACACAGAGAAACUGAGCGAUCGUUUGAGUUUCCUGAGGUGAAUCAGCCCUCAGAGCUGCUGUAUGAUCUAACGAAGCUUUUCUAGAAAACGGUAACAUUCAUAUGCCUUAAGUAAGUGCACAAACACACACACACAUUUUCAUUGCCUUCCCUUUGCAAAUCAAAGCUGCCAUGUGUGUCGUGUCUCGACUCUUAAAGUUACAGUUCACCCAAAAUUAAAAGCAUUCGCCUUCAAGUCAUUCCAAAGUCAUCUAUCUCCAAAAAAAAAGAAAGUUAUAUAAUGACGAGAGGGUGAAUAAAUAAAGAUGGACAUUUCAUUUUGGGGCAAACUGUCGCUUUAAAAGUCCUGUUUUGAUGAACCUCCACCUGCUCCAUGCUGCCAUAGAAAUCAUUCUUUGCCAAAGCCAAUCAUACGUCACCUAGUCCUGUUCCUCAUUAAUAUUCAUGAGUGUGGUCAUUUAAGGUGUAGCUAAAAACUACAGCAACAGCAGUAACACCAUGUCCUUUCAUGCUUUUGACUUGUUCUUUCUUUCUUUAAAUAAUAAUGAAAAUUAUAUAUACAAUUGUUGUGCUUUAAUCAGCUGUUUAUCUUUGAUGUUUUAUGAUUCGAGUCUGAUGCUAACGGAUCAAACGUGCCUUCGAAGGAUUAUUCAAUCUAGAGAUCCAUAAACGUAUAAAUAAAUGUCAAAAACAAUCAUGAGAAUGCUUUUUUUUUUUUUUUUAUCUGAAAUCUCAUCAGGCCUCAUUUGUAAAACACAAGCAGAAUCAAUUUAGUGGAAAUUGUAAAACCAUUUUCAGUUAUCAAGUUUGGUUGACAUGAAUGAGAUUCAAUGUUUAAUAUUAAAUGAAAGCAUCUUGA